AUGCAUGACGUUCAUGCUGUGACAGAAGUAAAUUUAAAAAAUAAACAAAAUGUAUUUGGAAUUGUCACUCCUAAACGUACAUAUUAUGUUCAAGCAGAAAGUAAAAAAAUGCUUGAUGAAUGGGUUGAAGCAAUAAAUAAAGUUAAAAAAGAAGUACAAGAUGAAGAAUUAUUAGAUGAAGGAAGUCAAGCAGAUAAAGGACCACAUUCCUAUGUUUCUGCUUCAUCCUAUACUUCGGGAGGUUCUGUUCCAAAUGCAUCAUCAUCACCAUCAAGUCCAUUUGCAACGAAUUCUCCUCCUAAAAGACAAAAUAGUAGUGAUAGAACAGCUUCUUCUGAGGAAGAAAAUGAUGUCAUGGAUGUAACUAAUGAUGAAAAUGAUGAAAAUAAUGAAGGAGAUGAGAAGUCCCGAAUAAUUCAUCAAGGGUAUCUUUAUAAAUUGGAUAGAUACAAGGUAUUUAAAAUUUCCAUGCAUGAUCUCAAACCUCAUUUGAGUAUAAAUCUGAUUGACGUCCUUGAUGCAAUUGAAAUAGAACCAAUUUCUAAAUCAAAAUUAUAUUGUUUCAAAGUUAUUACACCUAGAAGAACUUAUGUAUGUUGUGCACCAAAUGAUGAAACACAAGUUGCAUGGUUAGCGGCUAUACAAUCAUUUUAUGUGUAG